AUGGAAAGGACCAAGGAUUCCACGUUGACAGAAUUUGUCCUGGUAGGGCUUUCUGCCCACCCAAAGGUCCAGACAGUUUUCUUCGUUCUAAUUUUGUGGAUGUACCUGAUGAUCCUGCUUGGAAAUGGAGUCCUUAUCUCAGUUAUCAUCUAUGAUUCUCACGUGCACACCCCCAUGUAUUUCUUUGUCUGUAAUCUUUCCUUCCUCGACGUUUGCUACACAAGUUCCUCCGUCCCACUAAUUCUUGCCAGCUUUCUGGCAGUAAAGAAAAAGGUUUCCUUCUCUGGGUGUAUGGUGCAAAUGUUUAUUUCUUUUGCCACGGGGGCCACAAAGUGCAUGCUCUUAGGCAUGAUGGCACUUGACCGCUAUGUGGCCAUCUGCUACCCACUCAGAUACCCUGUCAUCAUGAGCAAGGAUGCCUAUGUGGCCAUGGCAGCUGGGUCCUGGGUCACUGGGCUUGUGGACUCAGUAAUGCAGACAGCUCUUGCAAUGCAGUUACCAUUCUGUGCUAAUAAUGUCAUUAACCAUUUUGUCUGUGAAAUUCUGGCUAUCUUGAAACUGGCCUGUGCUGAUAUUUCAAUCAAUGUGAUUAGUAUGACAGGGUCGAAUCUGAUUAUUCUGGUUAUUCCAUUGUUAGUAAUUUCCAUCUCUUACAUAUUUAUUGUUGCCACUAUUCUGAGGAUUCCUUCCACUGAAGGAAACAAGGCCUUCUCCACCUGCUCAGCCCACCUGACAGUGGUGAUUAUCUUCUAUGGAACCAUCUUCUGCACGUACACAAAGCCUGAGUCUAAAGACUCUGUUGAUUCAGGUAAUGAAGACAUCAUUGAGGCCCUCAUCUCCCUCUUCUAUGGAGUGAUGACUCCCAUGCUCAAUCCUCUCAUCUAUAGUCUGCGAAACAAGGAUGUAAAGGCUGCUGUCAAAAACAUACUGUGUAGGAAAACCUUUUCUGAUGGAAAAUGA